CCGUAUUCCGUCGUCGUAAGUUUUGUUUUGGUGUCAGCGCCUGUCGCUUGUCUCCUAAGUGAUUAAUCUUUAAAUUUAAAGUUUUGAAAUAUCUUUACCAAUUAAGUUUGUUGGAUUGUUUGUUAAUCGUGCGUCCUGUUAAAUAAUGGACACGUUUAGAUAAACAUUCUUUGCAAACUUAAUGACCAUGAGUGAUAAAAACAUGAACAAUAUGGCUCCAAAUCCAUGGGCGUUUCAGAUGAUGGGUGGAAUGUAUCCGCAAAUGCAAUACAACUACCCGUUCAACUUCGGAAACCGUGGACCUUUCAACCCCCAAUACUUCAAUCAGGGAAUGGGUCAAAAUGGCAUGCCAAUGAUGGGAGCUCCUAAUUUCCAUCCUGGUGGACCAGCGGCCAUGUCAGGAAUUCAAUUCACUGCUUUUACACCUGGAGGUAAACUUGAAUCUUUCUCUUCAAUUCAGCAACAGGAUAAAGGCUCAAAUGAGAAAAACAAGAAAGAUGAUAGUAAAGAGCAACCAAGUGAGAGUAAGGAGAAAGGUGAUACUUCAAACUUGCCUCCUCUACCCCCUGGACCCCCUCCGUCAGACUUUGCUAACAAACCCCCUCUUCCAAACAGUGCUCCAACUAACAAUCCGUUCAAACCAAAAAUGGGUCCUAUUAGUUUUAACUUUGGAAAGAGACCAAAUUUUAACAACAUACCCAAUGCCUUCAACAAUCAGAACCCCCCCAAUGCGAACAAAAGCUCUGGUUCCGCCAAAAAACGGAGGAAACGAGAGAAAAUGAACCAAAUGAAACGGAACAACCAAGAUAACAUGUCCUCCAACUCGACAAUGCCACCUCUGCCCCCUGGGUCCCCACCAGUUCCCCCGCCCCCCUCUCCUCCCAUCAUAGGACCCCAAAAUGAAAAUAGCAAACCAAUUGUGAAGAAUCUUCCCCCUCCCAUUGUUGGUUCUGGUACCGUACCUCCUCAACAAGAGGCCGUCCCUGAGUGGCCAGACAGCUUCAAAUCAUAUGUGCGGAAGUGUUAUGAAAAAUGUAAAACUGUGGCAGAUCGGAACAGGGUGGAUAUAAUAUUGAAGAAAAAAAGUUUGAAUGCCAUGAACGAUGGGUCCCUUUAUUUCAAAGACUGGGAUAACGAACCUCUUCCAUUGUUAAGUGAUGAAAUCAAUUAUUUACCUAUGAAACCCUCUUAUAAGCCCAACGAAAAUAAUUUUAAGAAAAAUAAAAACGGAAUCAACUCUAGUUUAGCCAGUAGAUUAGGUCCUAGAAAAUUUGAUAAAUUUGAGAAUAAAAAGAAUGCUAGAAAAUACUCCCCAACUAGGUCCAGAAGCCCUGUCAAGAAACGUAGAUAUAGGAGUAGUAGUAGUAGUGACAGAAGUGACAACAGGAGUGAAAGUGAGGAAGAGUUUAGAUCGUCAAAAGGAGAUAAAGGAACCCAUCGGCGAAAUGAAAAAGGAGGAAAGUCCCUUGCAAAGUCGAAGUUUUAUACCCAAAUGGGUGCUGCAAGCGUCCCUGUAGAUGAAGAGCUGCUAACUAAGCGUGCUGCUAGGUUUGGGCAUGCCAACAAACAGUCUCCAUACUCAAAAAGCCGCAAGAGCCGCUUAGAAAGCAGUAUUCUCUCUCCAUCUCUCUCGUCUUCCAUCAAUUCUAGUCUUUUGUUCGAGGAUUCCUCCGGUGAUAUCAGCAUACCGCUGGAAAAACAUGUUGUUGGCACGUGUCAGAACAUUGAAAAACCUUACCUCCGGUUAACUGCGCAACCGGAAGCUUGCGCUGUUCGACCUGCCGAUGUUCUUUCAAAAUCAUUAGAAAAUGUAAAAGACAAAUGGAAAACGCAGCAAGACUAUCAUUAUGCCUGUGAACAAUUGAAAUCCAUCAGACAAGACUUAACUGUUCAAGGCAUUAGAGAUGAAUUUACGGUGAAAGUGUACGAAAUGCAUGCCCGCAUAGCUCUAGAGAAAGGUGAUCAUGCUGAGUUCAACCAGUGCCAAUCGCAACUUAAGUUGCUCUAUUCAGAAGUCUCCGAUGAUAUAGCUGUAAAUAAAAGAGAAUUUACAGCCUAUAGGAUACUCUAUUACAUUUUCACUAAAGAAUUUAUGGACUUGACAACGCAGAUUUCCCUUCUGACACCAGAAGAUAAGGUAGAUGAGUGCAUUAGUUUCUCUCUAAAGGUUCAGUCUUCCUGGUGGCUGGGCAAUUACCACCGAUUGUUCAAACUCUACCGAUCAGCCCCUAAAAUGACUUCGUACCUCAUGGACUGGUUCUUGCUGCGAGAGCGCAAGCAAGCCAUCAAAGCUAUCGUCAAGUCCUACCGGCAAGUGCUGCCUGUGAGUUUUGUCCAUCAAGAGUUAGCGUUUGAUGCCGAAAAAGAUUGUCUAGAAUUUUUAAGGUUGCUUAACAUAAUUAUCAUCGAAGAAGAAGAACUUAAGAUCGAUUGCAAAGCAAGCAGUGCGGCGAUGGCAAGCUCGUAGGUCCUCUGAGGCGGAAAUCACGCGCUGAAAUGUGCGAAGUCGAUCACUUGUGGCUUUUUUACCGCGAAUAUUAAGCUCGUUUAUCCCGGCCAAAUUUACGGAUCGUUUUAUUUCUGUUUUUAACCUAGCCGCAUCUCGAAGCUGUGCAUUUUCACCAUUCAUUUCAUCAUAUUUGCCAGUGACGUGUGGACUAAUAAUUUCGGACUCGUUAUAAUUUAGUUCUCUCACAAACUAUUAGAACAAUUUUUUAAUUUACCUACUUAUCCCUUGAAUUUUCAAUUUUUCUUCAGCAGUCAUAACGCAAUUUAAUAUUUUCCAUAGGAAUUGGACUGUUAAAAAUUGUCCCCCCUGGUGCCUUUAUGAACAGUGCUGUUCCCCAAUCAUCCUCUUUUUUUGAGAGUUCAGUGUGGUCCCUUUUUUGCUUACAAAAUUUCCUUUUACUUUCUUAACAGUAUUGCUCGCCCCGAUGAAGGAAUUUUAAUUUUUCAGUGAUACCUCUGAAUUAGGAUUCAAGGUUAUUUUCUUUAUUUUCCUCCUGGAAGCCUCAAAGGAAUUUCAUUUGCCUCCAUCUCGAUAUUUUUUGAAGUUUGAUCAGUUCCAUCCAAGCAUCACACCGUGAAGAACCCUUCAUCAGAACUAUCACCUGUACCUGUUGCGCAUUCUAGCUAGAUUUUAACGAUUUUGAAGAAUACUCAAAGCAGAAAUUCAGCAGAAUCUUGCUACUCAGUUGAACUUGGCUGCAACUUUGCCAGCAAGAGAUCUGGGGAAAGAAACAGAAAGACUUGAAUUGAGAUUUUUAGUAUAAUUCUUUUUUAUUUUGAAUGCUCGUGAUGUUUAAGAUAUCACAGCAAGAGAGCCAAUGACAAAAAUAAGUGCUACUAAUGAGGAGAUUUUUUAUUUUUUUAACAUCAGUCACUUAUCUCGAAUAUUGAAGUCUACAAUAAGCGUUUGAAAAUAGCCGAUGCUGCAUUUAACAUGGUGGACGAAAUAUGCACUUUAAUUCUGAAUUUCUAGAGUGCACAAAUAAAAAAAUUCUAAAGCCAAGAUUGGCGCAAAUUAUGCAUGAACAAGUAUAUUUAAGCAUGAAUUAUGACAUGAAUGCCCAGUUGUGUGAACGAAAAGUGAGUAUCCGAAAGAAUAGAACCACCAAUAGAUUAAUGCCUGAGAUAAUAGCAAAGAAUUUCUGAAGUCAUCAACCUCCUUGGAACAAACAUAUUUGCAUGAAGAAGGAAGGAUGAGAAUAUUUAGUGCUGUAUCAUAUGAUAUCAAACAACUGUUAACCUUUGUCUACAUGAGAUAGACACUUUAAGAUAGAACAGUCGAAACCUCUUAUGAAUUUUUUCAAGAAUUUUUUUACAAUUCUAAGAUUUAUCUGUCACUUUUUUUUUGAAGAAAGUCCCAGAACAAUUUUCCAAUGAUUGAGAACCUUCAGAAGAAUUGUCGUUUGCCUUUUAUAAACUUCCAACCACGUCAGAAAUAAGUUUUUAAGAUUUUACAAUGUAACAAGUCUUAUGUUGAAUCACCUGGUGAGGUGAACUGGCAGAAAAACUCAACACAGUCAUUAAAUUGCUAUAGAUGAAGACUGCCCGUACAUGAAAUGAAGAUGUUGUUUCAAGUGAAGGCCUGUAUCAAGAAGAACUCUAACCAGGGACAGAAGCCAAGCAGUCAUCUAGCCUAGAAUAAAAGCAACAUGGUCCAUAAUUGGAUGUGCCAGCAUCGCUCCUCUCAACAAGUCAACACCUCAACGCCAUCAUCAAACAUCAGUUGUACCAAGAAGCAUCCAUCAUCAUCAUCAUCGUCAUCAGCAUCAUCAUCAGCUUCAUAUCCAACUGAAUGAAGAAAGUGAGUCCCUAACAUGCUUGGAUAAGCAGCCACAAGAAAAUGAAAGAAGAUCUCAGAGGAAUGAUGAGAAAUACAAGACCGUAUCCGCCAUAUUCCUCACCAGCAAAUAGAAGAGAGUUCUUAGAGUGCUCAUUUCUCAAAAAAAUACUAAAUCAAGCAGUAUGUCAAUCCAUUGUCUUUUAAUUUCUCCUGCAAAACAAAGGGUAUCUCUAAAAAGCUGAUCAAAGAAUUCGCUAUUCUCCUUCUGACUGAGCGCACAGCUCUCGCCAAUUAGGGAGAGCAUUGCCUCUCUCUCAUCGGUAAAAGCUGAUUUUGUACCCAGUCAAUGGAGGUGAUAAAACUCAGAUCGAAGCCAAGAAAAAGGUUUACAACUUUAAGUGUCUAGUUGAAUGUGAUUAUUAGUCAGAUGCUUGUCCAAGCAGUUAGUGGAAACAAUAAUUCAACUGAAAACUAACUUUCCAUAAUUGCAUUGAAAGAAAGAAGAAAUGAAGAACUAAGGCUCUGAUGCCAAUUCCAACAUCUAAAUUAACCAAAUCACUGAUUCCAGAUGCCACAGCUGAAAAACGGUCAAAAUGAUCGGAAGUAUCAACUAACCUGAGCGGCAUUCGCAUUUGUAUGUGCCAAAAUGUUGAAGUUGAGAAAACUAUACUCCCAAGAGUAACACUGCUUGUAAUUAGUUAAUGGUGUUCUGGUGUUAAUUCAGUUUCAGAAUGACAAUUGUUAGUGAGAGAAACUGCUUGAUCAUCAGCUCUAGUUUUUUAAAACUUGUGGUCAAUGAGAAACAUGUUCACACUGAAGAAUUCAGAUGAAGGAACCUCAUUACACUUGACUUUGAACAUCCGAUCUAAGACAUGAGAUGCAAAGAUUGCAGCAGUAAAGAACGAAGCACAUAGAGAAGGAAGAAGAGAAGAAACAUCAUUAUUAUUAUCAUCAUCAUCAUCACAGUAAUAAUAAUCCUACAUCCAAGAACUAGCAACCUUUUAGUGUCGGGCUGAACGAUUUCAACCACGUUUUUCCGUUCGUUCGUAUCGGUUAGCAUCAAAUUUGCUCGAGUUAAGCUGCAGCGCGUCUGGCAUCGUUUCGCCAUCAUAAGUUUUUCGUGUGUGGUGUCUGGGGAAGGUGGGCAAUUAAUUUUUAAUCUUGUUUUCAAGUCCUCCCUCCUGCCUAUAACUUUCCUUAUCCUUUUCAUUUUAAUCCCUACCUUUCCUUAUCAGCCCUUACCGCAGCUUAAUUCCUCUUCUCCAAGUAUUUUUCAGUCUUUCUCUAGCUCAGAAGAUUUCAGCUCUGGUGGUCCUCUCAUUUUUGGAGCAUGCGGUCUCGGAAGAUGUCUCAGCGCUCAAACAUAUGGGUUUACGGAUGUAUCGUGUUUCUGCUGCUGGUUUGCCUGCAACUCCAUUCUACCGUUGUCAACCGUUGCUGAUGAUGAAAGUUCCUCGCUCAAGGUGACGUCAUUUUUCUUUCUUGACCUUCCAUUAAUGUUGGAGAAUUAUAAAAAGUUUACUGAAACUAAACUUUCUGUUGUAUGACAUCAUGUACCUUUUUACCUAAAUCUCUGUCUCAUGCACACCAAUAAACGCAUAGCGCAGAACUUUUGUACUCAUAUCUCUGCCCUGUGAAAAUUUGUUUGAGAUAAGAUCAGGAUUAUCUGCUGAAAAUCCACUGUGUGUAUAAUCUUGUGUGAAUUUACACUGUUUCAGCUCCAUUUACCCCCUUUACCUUAUUUAAUCACAGCUUUUUUUGUUGGCUUAGAUCUAUGCAUCUGAAACUGUAAGAAAAAAUAAUUUGAUCAUGAUGCAACCAGACUCAUUCACCACCCUACAUCUGGUGCAAGUCCAGUGUCGCAUUAAAGCCAAGUAUAAUUUAUCAAAUCCUUUAUAAUUUUCUCUGAAUUACGAAGACAAAUUAUAUAUCCUCAUCCUUCAUUGACUUAGCAUCACUUUUUUUUGCACGCUUGAUGAGAAUAGCCUCAAAUAUUGAGUCAUUAUUAGAAUGGUUUUCACCAAUGACUGUUCUCCCAUUUUUUAUUCAUCAUGAGUUUGACGACAAGCUGGCAAAAAAAGAAAUGAUUUCUGGUUGUCUGUAAUUUGUAUCUCACCAAAUUUUUAUUUUAUUAUGCUUCUUGAUUAUAUGAGUCUCCUCAGUACAAUAAGUCACUCAUCUGACUUUCGCUCUCUUAGUUUUGAAUAUAAUGUAAAAAUAUAAUGAAAAAAAGAAAAUUUGUGAUCCCCAGUCUCCCAGAUGGCUUAAAGUAACCCCUACAAAUCCCAAAACAGCAUAUGCAUGAUGUCACAUAGCAGUAGAUAUGUAUGUAUUUCUUGCACCUGUGAUGCUGUCGCUGACACGUGCUUGGAAAAGAAAUGGUCAUAAAUUGAAAGUUAAGAGGGAUCUUACUCCGUUUAUGGUCUUUCUAUUUUGUUUUUUAGGAAUUUCACUCCCAAAUUUUGUCAGUAAUAAAAACAAAAUUCUUAAAAACUCAAUUACAGGAACUAUACAAAUAUCUGAGAAGUUAAUUGGAAUUGAUUACAACAUUAAUUAACCUAUAUAGAAAUUACCUUUAGUAUUCAAUAUCAGAAAGCUCCUGUUGGAACCCUGCAGCCUUCUUGAUCAUCCUUUCUCUAUUUAAAUUUGGAGCCGACCCUUCCGUAAUUUUGUCAUCCAUACCAUCACUACUUUUCACUGACAAUUUCCUCAUUCCUCUUCAUUUCUAGGAUGUAUAUCUAUGUCAUUGAUUCCUAUGAGAGACGUUCCUCUCCGAAGUUUUUUUUUCCUAUUGUUUUUUCAUGAUUUUAUCAAAGUCAUAAAUUACGAACUGAAAUAUUGAACUUCAUCUCCCACUAAGUAUUUCUUUUAUUCAUGCAUAUGAUCAAUUUCCAAGGAAUUGUUCUUAUGCUCCAGGUGUGAGAUAAACUUUUAAAAAAGUUGAAAAGACCUAUUAGUACCAACUUUUUUCCGCAGUGAAUUACUUUAAAAUGUCUUGCUUUUAAACUGAGCCUCAAAAAUGAGUGUUCACUGUCUUUUAUAUAUUUCAUGAACCAUAGUUUUAUGUUUGAUCAGUUGAAAAUUAGUUUCAUCCGCCAAGGUGCGGAUGGCCCCUGUUAUUGGCUCAAAUGACAACUUCCCAUUCAUUCAAAGACAAGCACCAGUUUUUUUCGAAGUAUGAAUGGUGAAAUUCGACUUGUAAACAUCAUCAUAAAAUGACAAUUAGGUUUACAACCGAAAUUUCUGUUAAGUUAUUUUUGUAUAGUAGUUCGUCUCACUGUUUGCAUGAUCUUUUUAUAUCUACUGAUGUAUAUCACUCAAGUUAUUUAUUAUUUUUUGUUAUUGUGCGAAAAGUUUUCUUUUGUUUUAGAUUUAUAAAGAAGUACAUAUUUCUGUAUGGAUAAAAUGGCUGUGUAAUAAUGAACCCUUUGUACAGGAUAUUAACUGCAGAAGAAGAUUAAAUAAAUGGGUUAUCCCGUUAA